GGCACAUAUGGGCGUUCAUGGCCUCACCACCUACCUUCGCGAGAACAAGCACAUUCUAUCUCGCACCGUCCAACUAAUUCGGACGAAUGAUCCCCAGCGUAUCCCGGUAGUGGUCGAUGCUUGGUCAUUCAUAUACGAGAUUGUGUAUUGUGCCGACCUUCCUUGGAUUUUUGGUGGGGAGUACCCGGAGCUUGCACGACUUGUCGAGCAUGUAGUCCGUGCUUGGGUAGACAUUGGCUUAGAGCUACAUUUCGUCUUCGACGGUCCUUACCCUGCGCUCAAAUUCCCCACACUCAUUUCUCGAGUAACACAGACCAAUAUACAGUCCGGCCUUCUCUUCUUCCGCACUUCCGCCACAGCCCGUUCUUCCCCCCGCUUUCUCCGUGAGACGGCGAUGCUCCCCCCUCUCGCCUAUAGCGUUUGUGUCGAUACCCUUCUCAGCCUGACCUCUCAAGCUCAGUCGGAGAGUCCGAGCGCGAGGCGACUUUACCUGCAUUUUGCCGACGAAGAAGGGGAUCCGUACGCCGUUGCGCUUGCAGCCAGACUGGACGCGUAUGUCGCUGGGCGCGAUUCUGACUUCAUCGUACUCAAUGCGGAGGGUUACCGCGGCUACAUCCCUCUCGAUGAAAUGGUCUGGACGCUCACUACUGCUUCGGCUGAUGGGACCUCAUGGGACGUCGAAGGUAGCGUCUACUCGUCGAACGUCUCGGUCGCAGGAGACUCGGAGGCCCCUUCUAUUGGAGAAGACGAGGACGGAUUCCGGACGGUAAGGAAAGGGAAGGGAAAGAAAAAACGCCAGGUCGAAGCUAGCCAGGCUCAGAGGGCUGGAAGAGGUAUCCUUCCUCCCGACGCUUUGGGUGCCCUCGGUCUGUCCCCAGAUCUACCCUCUGCUGCACAAGGGCAGCUCGCCUUGUCAUUCACAGUGUACAGUCCCACGACGCUCGCGACGCAUUUGGACAUCCCCGUAUCCCUCCUCCCGCUCCUCGGUGCUUUGUUGGGAAAUGACUUCACCGGUGCGCCUGCGUCGGAUGAUUUAGCUCCAGCUCCCGCGACUACAGCGGACAUUCGUUCGAAGGGACGCGGGAACCUCCAGCGACUCUUUUUUGAACGGCAGCUUACCCUUGCGCAGCGUAUCUCGCGCGUCUCUACCACGCUUUCGAGCCUUCUCGCUGCUGCGUUCGAUGGGUCCGGUGGUGGAAAGAGGCGAGGCAAGCGGGCGAUCGGGAGCGUCAUGGAGCUCAUCGAUGCGGCAGUCACGGCUCUACUCAUCCGCCCCCUAGAUACGUUUGCAACUGGCGAGAAGGAGGCCAUCGUGGAGAGAAUCGUUGAGGCGACCUUACAGUAUGCUGUGCCGAGGGUCGAGGUCGAAGAUGGCAUGGAACAGGGCCAGGAGGAGUUCGGAGGGAUCAGGUGGGCGUCCGGAGUCUGCCCUCUGCACCUCCAAGAUGUUUGUCCCCUGUUCGCUGUACUCUCUGGACUGGCGCGGGAGAGGGAUGCGGCGAUAGCGCUUCACGAGGAGGGAAGAAAGUCGGAACAGGCCGAGCGUGACAACCCCGUGGGUGUCGUUCGUGAGCGGUAUGUGGGCGCGUUCAGACGGGGGCUACUUGACCCACACCUCCUUGAUGUGGCACAAACUGGAACCAUGUGGCCGCGGAUGUUUCUCGAGGACCCAGACAAGGAGACUGUGCUGAGGAGUGUUGGGCGGCCGAUCCGUUUGUGGACCUAUGCCAUCUUGAACGCUGGUAUUGGCUUGCCGAUGUCUCCCGAACCUGACCCGGCCGAACGAGAAGACGAAGACGAGGAGUCGGAUGAGGAUGAGCUCAUCGAUGUUGUCGAGGAGGAUGACUCUGACGCCGAGCCGAUACCCAAUGCCCUCGCUCGCUUGCGCGGAGCCCUUCAACAACUCGAUGGUUCCAAAGAAGGAGCAGAUGAGGACAGUGCAGCGAAGGCAACUCCGCCCUCGGCAGGGUCGACCUCCAAUGGCGGCUCCUCACACGCGAAGCUCCCGAAACUUGUUACGGAGUAUGUGCGACGCGGGACGAGGCUCGUCCCAGAGGAGGUCACUGUUCCAUCUUUGAGCGAUAUGCUCAGAGAAGUGGUGCUCGACGCCCCUAUGGAUUCGCGUACGGGCGUCGUGCUUCCACCCCAGAUCUGGACGUACGAGUUGCGGCGAGCGUUGUUGCUACGCGGUCUCGCAUCUGAUCUACCGGCUGUCGCUCACUUGCCCGACGAUCGACUUGUGGGUGUUGUGGCCUUGCGGUGGGCGGUACGCACCAUGCACCAGCGGUCUCUGGACAGCCCUGGCGUAAAGGAGCGAUUCUUGGAGCGUUGGACACAAGUCGAAGCAAGAGCUGUCUUGGCUUCGUUAUACUCGCCGGAGUCUGACCCCGCCCCCAAUCAGCUUGCUGAUCAAGUUGCCGAGGAGAGGAAGGACCAUAUCGUACCCACGGAGCGACACAUCCAGCUAGUUGCACAGAUUUCUGCCGCGUUGGACGCGAUUGAACAGCUUUCGCAAGUGCUGCUUCUCUCUUCCAAGAUCACGACACCUGCUCGGCAGUUUUCUGGGAUGAGAUGUCACGCCCUCCUGAGCGGACGGGUCUCGGUCGUCGUUGGAGACGAGCUUUGGCAGGCUUGCGUUGGGGGACUGGAGGAUGCGUACGCACUUCCGCCGCAGAGAAGGACGAAGAAGGCGGCGAAGGGGGUCCCCACCCCUCCUGCUGUCACGACAUCGUCUGCCAAGCGGUCGGGGAACAGUUCAAAAACGCAGGGGCUAUUCGCUCUCCUAGCGGACGCGGAGGCAUGAGGUGUAUGUGAACGUAUCGAGGUCACGUAAGAGUAGGCAGUGCUUUGUAUCGUUAUGGCAGUGGUCUGUACGACAUGUUGUACCAUCACCUAAACAGAAAUCUAUUGUUAC